GAGAGAGAGAGAGAGAGAGAGAGAGAGAGAGAGAGAGAGAGAAGGAGCAGCCAGUUGUCCUUCACUCAUUGCUUUAAAUUUCGAGGCAGAUGUUCUUGGCUUGGACGCUGCGCUCAUGUCAGGAUUAGGAGCCGGGGACGCGGGACACACCGGUGAUCUGCAGGUCCUAAUUGACCAACCCGAGCCAGAUUCCCUCCCUGGUCAGCUGUGACAAACACAUCACGCCAUCUUCCGAGGCUGACCUGACUACCGUCAUCUUCCAUCAUGCGUUUCCUCGCCGCACUGUGCCUCUUGCUGCUCCUCCGGUUCGCCGAGCCCCGCAGAGCCCAGCGGUCCAGCAUCGCGGAGCGGGGGAGCGCCAAGUGGACCCAUACGCGGGGCAGGGGAAGGGCCGGCGUCGUGAGGCGCCAAACUCAGGAGUGCAAGGAAUACAUAGAAGCGGGAGAGAAGUACCUGGACUGUCAGGACAGGCAGUUGACGACCGUGAUCCAAGACUGGCCCAAAGAUAUCCACCACCUGCUACUGGCCAGGAAUAAAAUCCAGGUUCUGCGGGACAACAUGUUCUCCCAGUUCACCCAACUGAAAAGCCUGGACCUCCAACAGAACGACAUCUCCAUGAUGGAGGACCGAGCGUUCAAUGGCCUUUCCAAGCUCAGGACACUGCUGCUGCAACACAACCGCCUGAAAACGGCCUCCGAGGAGGUCCUGCUCCCCAUGCCCCGCCUUACCUACCUCCGUCUCUACGACAACCCCUGGAGCUGUCACUGCCCGUUGGACAGCCUGCUUAGGACGCUGCAGGUGACAACCAGGUGGAUGAGACUCAUCCUAAGCCACCAAUCAAAAAGCCAGUGGCCCCAUCCAUGUGCCACACAUACAUGUUCCCCAAACCUCUGCUGGACUGCAGAAACAAAGGUUUGAGCAACGUCCCAUCCAAUCUGCCUUCCGACAUCGUGAAGAUGGAUCUGUCCGGCAACAACAUCAAACAUCUCAAGCCCAAGCAGUUCCUACUGUCCAAAGACCUCAAGCUGCUCAACCUCAGCAGCACCAGCC